GAACCCCCUUUUGGAAACCACUGGUUUAUUGCAGAUCUCCUCUGGUCCUGAAUGACUGUUUCUAUCACAUAAUCCACGGUGGAGCUGGAUCGCCCCCGCCGUCUGAUCGCGAUUCUUGUUACAUACUACUUUUUGCUCCCCUCCCAAGGUACCCCACUAUCGCAAAACCCUCACCUCCAUUUUUUUUCUCGCCAAGGCUCUUACUCCGGAUUUCCUUUUUAUUACUGCCCUGGCCCUCCAAAAUCACCUCAGAUCCACUUCUUUUACUGCUUCCCCCUCCCCCCUACCUCACUUACCCUAUCUCCCGAGCCACCGGUUGGCUACCCCGAACCCCGAAUGACACAACCGCAUAAGACCAUUGCCGUCGUCAACGCGACAGGCCGGCAAGCAGCUUCUUUGAUCCGAGUCGCGUCAGCUGUAGGAUACAGUGUUCGUGCCCAGAUUCAUUCCCUCAAGGGUCUUAUUGCAGAUGAGCUUCAGAGCUUGCCCAAUGUGACCCUCCUGCAGGGCCCAUUGCUCGGCAAUGUCCAGUUAAUGGAUGCCCUCUUCAAAGGCGCAUCCCUGGCAUUCAUCAAUACCACCUCUCAAUCUGGCGACGAGGUGGCCAUCGGCCGCGCCCUGGCGGAUGCUGCCAAACGCUCCGGUUCUAUCACGCACUACAUCUACAGCAGUAUGCCGGAUCAUUCCGUCCAUGGACCUUGGCCGGCAGUUCCGCAAUGGGCCCCCAAGUUCACCGUCGAGAACUACAUUCGCCAGCUAGGUCUUCCGGCAACCUUCGUCUACGCCGGUAUCUACAACAACAAUUUCACAAGUCUUCCAUACCCGCUCUUCCAAAUGGAGGUCCUUGAAGAUGGCUCCUUUGAAUGGCACGCUCCGUUUGAUGCCGAAACCCAACUGCCUUGGUUAGACGCCGAGCACGACGUAGGGCCCACACUUCUCCAAAUCUUCAAAGAUGGACCGAAGAAAUGGCACGGCCAUCGAAUCGCGCUCACCUUCGAAACCCUCUCCCCCAAUCAAGUGUGCGCCGCGUUUGAGCGCGCACUUGGCCGGCCCUGUCGCUACGUGCGCGUGCCCAAGAUCGAAAUUAAAGUCAACGUGCCUACCGGAUACCGGGAACAACUCGAAGCUUUAGAAGUCCUGUUCGGCGACUUUAAUGCGCCUUACUUCCCACAGCCGGAGUUCUCACAACCGGCCGCCGGUUCACCAAAGGGUCUAGGCCCAGCAGGUGGAAAGGGCGCUGGUGCUGGUAUGAUGCAGGGGCCUGGUGGAGUGGUUUCACAACGCGUGACUGAUGAGGCCCGGCAUUUAUGGCAGGGCUGGCGAGAUAUGGAGGAAUAUGCGCGUGAGGUAUUCCCCGUGGAAGAGGAAGCUAAUGGACUGGAUUGGAUGCUUUGAAGCU